CAUUUGAAUUGAUGUAAGACAUGGAGCCUUGAAGACAGAACCAAAUUCACCAAAUUUUAGGUGUUGUUUACAGACACGUGAGGAAAUGUUUGGGAGGGACCCUAUGAUGAUGAUCAAAAUUGAAAACGCAAUUGUUAGCUAGUUUUAUUGUUACCUUUUAGUUUACACCGUAUGCUAGAAUAAAAUGUACGUUAGGUAUUUAUUUGUUAGGGGGACAGUUUUUUGCUGACAGCUUUGUGCUGUAUUUGAAUAUACAGUUAAUAUUUAAUGUUCAUGAAUGUAUGAAGUGGAAACAUUCACAUUGAGCAAUUGCAGUACAUUUAUUAAAUAUAAUUUAGAAAUACAGACUUUUUCGUUUUACUCACUAAAUACUUUUAAUGACUUUUUAAUGAGUGGACACAAAGCCUUUCCUAAUCUUCCACCAUUGAACUCUAUGUGAUUUACAUUUGAAGUCCCACCGAAAAUUCAGUUAAGUAGGUUGUAUGAGGCAGAACAACAUCAACAGUAAGUCACUUCUACAAGCACACAAACAAAUACAUGUUUAUAAUAAGACUUGCUUCCUUUGUCGUGAACUCACUACAUUAUAAAUGUUUCCUAUUGAGGGAAGUGGCGACUGUUAUCUUCCAGUGUUUCCUGCCCGUUUCCCUCAAUAAAACUAGAUUCGGUUCACAACAGGCACAGACGCACACACACACACACACACACUUACACAUCGGGGACCUUCGGGGUAAGUAGCUUUUUGAACUUUUUUCCGCAAAACGUUUCUUGAACAUUUUAACGACUUUGGGGCUUUUCAGGACAUGAAGUUUCAUGAGCUUUCGCUGUGAAUUGGAGCCGGGUCGGCAGAUCUCCAAUUUAUUUCAUUGGGGAACGAUGAUCUGUGAGUGUCGGUUACUCCGGUGACAGUUAAUGAUGAGAGCCGAACCACUGAGGCGUAAUACUGGGAGUCUCUCUCCCCCGGCACAAUAAUUAAAGUGCACCGCAUUGGCUGAUUAUUUUGCCAGGCACUUCUUGAGUUGAGUAUCAGGUGGCCGAUCGUUUCCUAUGUCUAUAAAUAUUAAAAUCCCUGUAAUUACCUCUUGAUUCCACUAAAGUUUUUACUUGUGUCAGUUAUUGUUUAAUCUCGUGUUAAUCUGUGGACUAUAUAAAGCUUCUGUUGCAGGUGUUUUGUGUUUGUUCUGUUCUUGUCCUGAACAAAGCGGAUGGCUCCUCAGACAGCCGGGAAGUAGAUUAGAUAGUGAUGGCUGAAUUUAGAUUUUUUUUUUUUCGUGUAUGAAGGUUGCAGCCACGGCUCUGACUGGAGGUCACAGCUAACAGGCCGGAAAUGAGACGCCCACCGCGAUAACCUCAACAAAAACAGAUCACUUUUGGGGGAAAACAGGACACAAAGGAAAUUGAUGGGAAAAAUGCGUGAUGUCUUACAAUAGGAACGAGAACUGUGUCAAAAAUAACAUCAUAUCUGUUGUGUAAAAUGUAUCACGGCCUAAAGGAGUGCAGUUUCCCCAUUUGACUUUGUUGUUUUGCAACAACCCUGUUGCCUUAUGCCCGAUGUGUCCCUGCCUGGACGCAGAGCCUGGAGGAGCGCUGUAACCAGAUGCUUCGGAACAUGGAGGCCUCCCUGACGGCCCGGGACCGCGUGGGCAUCCAGGAUUUUGUUCUCCUGGACGCCUACAUGAGCGAGAGUGCCUUCCUGGACAACCUGAGGAAGCGCUUCCACGAGAAUCUCAUUUACACCUACAUUGGAACUCUCUUGGUGUCGGUCAACCCAUAUAAAGAGUUAAAUAUCUAUAACAAGAAGCAAAUGGAUACCUACAUGGGGGUGAACUUCUUCGAGCUGCCACCUCAUAUUUACGCGCUGGCCGACAACGUCUUCCGCACCAUGCUGUCCGAGUUCAACAACCACUUCAUCCUGAUCUCAGGGGAAAGUGGUGCCGGCAAGACCGAGGCCUCCAAGAAAAUCCUGCAAUUCUACGCCGUCAGCUGUCCGAGCACGAAACUCCUGAACAACGUCCGCGACCGGUUGCUUCUCUCCAACCCAGUGCUCGAGGCCUUCGGAAAUGCCAAAACCCUGAAGAAUGACAACUCGAGCCGCUUUGGGAAAUACAUGGACAUCCAGUUUGACCACCAGGGGGGGGCGGUGGGUGGUCACAUCCUGAGUUACCUGCUGGAGAAGUCCCGUGUGGUCCACCAGAACCACGGCGAGAGAAACUUCCACAUCUUCUAUCAGCUGGUGGAGGGAGGAGAGGAGGAACUGCUGCGCUGGCUCGGCCUGGAGAGAAACUGCCAGAACUACAGUUACCUGGUGCAGGGUGAUUGUGCCAAAGUGAGCUCUAUUAAUGAUAAGAGUGACUGGAGGACAGUGCGGGGAGCCCUCUCUGUCAUACACUUCAGUGAGAGUGACAUUGAGGACCUGUUUGGAAUAAUUGCCAGCGUGCUCCAUCUGGGAAAUAUCAAGUUUGAAGCGGAUGUUCGGGGAUACGCUUCUCUCAACAACGACCAGGAGAUGCACUGGGUGUCGAAGUUGUUGGGAAUUCCCACUCAGGUGCUAAAACAGGGUUUAACCCACAGGAAGAUUGAAGCCAAAACAGAGGAGGUGCUUAGUCCCUUCUCCGUGGACCAUGCAGUGUACGCCAGGGACGCCCUCGCCAAAGCAAUCUAUGGCCGUACUUUCAACUGGCUGGUCAACAAGAUCAACGAAUCUUUGGUUAACACGGAUUUCUCCAGGAAAACAGUAAUUGGUCUCUUGGACAUCUAUGGGUUCGAGGUUUUCUACGUGAACAGCUUUGAGCAGUUUUGCAUCAACUACUGCAACGAGAAGCUGCAGCAGCUUUUCAUCCAGCUGACCCUCAAGUCCGAGCAGGAGGAGUACGAGAUGGAAGGGAUUGAGUGGGAACCUGUGCCAUUUUUCAACAACAAGAUAAUCUGUGAUCUGGUGGAGGAGAAACACAGAGGAAUGAUCUCUUUACUGGACGAGGAAUGUUUACGUCCCGGAGAGGCCACAGAUCUCACCUUCCUGGAGAAGUUGGAAGAAACCAUUGGCGGUCAUCCUCAUUUUGUCACACACAAACUUGCAGACAUAAAGACAAGAAAAACCUUGGACAGAGGAGACUUCCGCCUCUUGCACUACGCUGGGGAGGUUACAUACUGUGUUGUCGGAUUCUUGGACAAAAACAAUGAUCUCCUGUAUCGAAAUGGGAAAGAGGUCAUUUCACACACGCAGCAUAACUCUUAUAUCACAGCCAUUCAUAGUACAUCCUGUUUUGUCCGUCAUGUUAGAUGCUUACGUCUUCCCACUCUCCUUAAGGUCAUGCGACAGUCCAAAAACGCUAUCAUCAAACACUGUUUUCCUUCUUCUGAACCGGACAGCAAGAAAAGACCUGAAACCGUGGUGACUCAGUUUAAGAGCAGCCUAGUGGGCUUGACUGAGAUCCUAAUGUCCAAAGAACCCUGGUACGUCCGCUGCAUUAAACCCAAUGAUGCCAAGCAGCCAGGACGCUUUGACGACGUGUUGGUGAGACACCAGGUGAAGUACCUGGGGCUGAUGGAGCAUCUGAGGGUCAGGCGAGCUGGGUUUGCUUACCGACGCAAAUACGAGAUAUUUCUACAGAGGUACAAGGCUCUGUGUCCUGACACCUGGCCCCACUGGAAAGGCACGGCAGCAGAAGGCGUACGGUGCCUCAUCCAACAUCUGGGCUACAAACCAGAUGAGUACAAGAUGGGCAGGACAAAAAUAUUCAUCCGGCAUCCUAGAACUCUGUUUGCAACAGAAGACACCUUUCAGGUCUGCAAACACAGGCUAGCAACACGGAUUCAGGCCAAGUACAAAGGCUACAGAGUGAAAGGACACUACCUGAAACAGAGAGAGGCUGCCACUAAGAUUGAGACCUGCUGGAGAGGUAUGCUGGCCAGAAAGGAGCGUGAAAAAAGGGCGUGGGCCGUCAAGGUCAUCAAGAAGUUCAUUAAAGGUUUCAUGACGAGAAAUCAGCCGGCUUGCGUCGACAACAGCGAGUACCUGGCGUACGUGAGGCAGAACUACCUCACGCGUCUGAGGGACACCCUUCCCAAAACGGUCUUGGAAAAAGACUCUUGGCUCACCCCUCCGCCCAUAAUGGAGGAGUUGUCUCAGCUGUUGAAGAAGCUCUACAUUCGUCACAUGGUGCGGAAGUACGUUGGCGGAAUCACUCCACAGAGGAAAGCAGAGCUUCUGUUAAAAGCAGAGGCAAGCUCAAUUUUCAAAGGAAAAAAAGAAAGCUACGCGUUGAGUGUGUGCAGACCAUUCGUGGACACCAGAAUUAAUGCAGAAGACACAAGCGCCAAGGUGCUCCAGAUGAUACGGCAUGAGCACAUCAAGUACAGUGUGCCGGUGGUGAAGUACGACAGGAACGGGUUCAGGCCUCGUCUCCGGCAGCUCAUCUUCACCAGGGAAGCCGCCUACCUGGUCGAGGAGGCCAAGAUCAAACAGCGGAUAAACUACAUCUCUCUGAAAGGCGUGUCAGUCAGCAACCUGAGCGACAACUUCCUGAUCCUUCAUGUUUCAUGUGAUGACAUCAAGCAAAAGGGGGAUCUGGUUUUGCAGUGUGACCACCUGUUCGAGGCCCUGACUCAACUGAGUCUUAUUGCCAACAAGCAGAACUGUAUCAAAGUGGUCCAGGGCAGCGUGCGAUUCGAUAUCCAGCCGGGCAGAGAGGGGUUUGUGGACUUCAAGAGUGGGCAGGAGUCGAUGGUCUACAGGGCAAAGAACGGCCACUUGAUGGUGGAAUCCACCAGAACCAAGUCCAGAUGAUGUGGCUGCGUUUGAGUGACAGCCGGGUUUGUUCUGGAACACUGCUCCAGGGUUGUUGCCAAUUUUGUUCCAUGUCAGUUGCUUUUUAACUUUUUUUUUGCAUCUUCAUGACAAUGUUAUCCAGUGAUAAACGUUACACGGCCAAUAUCUCAGUAGAGCAGACAAAGAACUAGCAGUAGAGCCUAGUGGGAACGUCAUUGGGUCUGCUUGUCCCUGUCAGCAGUUUAAAUCAUCUAUAUAUCAACAAACUGAUCCCAGCUCAGAAUUGGGUAAAUUAAACGUCUGUAGUAUGAAUAGAAGCACUUGUAAUCGCUUUUUUGUGUCCUGUGUAGAUGAUACUAUCAUUAAAAAAAAAGGUGUGCAGCCAUAAAUGUUUUUAA